CGCGUGUCGGAAAAGUUCGCGAAUUUUCCCGAACGCCUCGCGUGAGUUUCCGGCAGAGAAGCAAUCCAGCGUCUAACGCAGCGCAAUAUAAUAAAAACGGCGUUUUUAAAGGUUGUGAAUACUUGAUUUGUGUCGUGAAGUGUCCGUGAUGUCCGUGCUGUGUUAUAAUAAAGGCUGCGGCCAGAGGUUUGAUCCAGAAAGCAACCCUGAAGAUGCAUGCACGUACCAUCCGGGAGUUCCUGUGUUCCAUGAUGCUCUGAAGGGUUGGUCGUGUUGUAAGAGACGCACGACAGACUUCUCAGAUUUUCUUAGUAUUGUGGGCUGCACUAAAGGUCCUCAUAACAGUGUGAAGCCUCUGGAGCCUGUGAAACCAGACGUGAAGGUCUCUGGAGAGAAGAAAGAGCUGGAGGAUCUCAAACCCAGGUUUAACGAGUACGUCAUCCAGGCGCCCAAACCGCUGGAGUUCAUACAGAGACCCAGCUCUGAUGAGCCGCUGGUGGAGAUUCAGAGGAAAGUGGCUCCGUCUCUCAGUCAGGCGCUCGAGAAGCUCAGACUCGCCGGCGAUGAGCAACCUGAAGAAAAAGACGAGGACGGAGGUGAGGUCAAAACGGGGACGACUUGUAAAAAUGGAGGCUGCUCGAAGACAUACAAUGGACCGAAGACUGAUGAGGAGAUGUGUUCAUAUCAUCCCGGGGUGCCCAUCUUCCACGAGGGGAUGAAGUACUGGAGCUGCUGUAAGAGGAAGACAUCAGAUUUUAACUCCUUCCUGUCUCAGGAGGGCUGUAAUAAAGGAUCACACCAGUGGAGGAAAGACACGGGAAAGAAAGUGGCUCCAUGUAGAUUUGAUUGGCACCAGACAGGAAGUCAGGUGACCAUGUCCAUCUAUGCCAAGAACUCGAACCCUGAGCUCUGUUCUGUGGAAGCCAACAGCGUCUCCCUCAAAAUACAUCUAAACUUUGAGGGAGAUAAAGAGUUUGAGCUGAAGAUGAAUCUGUGGGGCGUGAUUGACAUCAGUAAGAGUGUCGUUAACAUGAUGGCUGCUAAAGUGGAGGUAGUCAUGAAGAAGGCGGAGCCUAUGACCUGGGCCCGGCUGGACCUGCCGCCUCCGAAGCCUGAACCGACCAAUGAGAAGACAGAGAAUCAAGACGGAGAGCGAGUGAUUGCUUGACGAGCCGGACGGAAACCUGCAGUCACCUUACAGUCACCACACACUGUUCAACUAAGAAACGCGAAGAGAUUAUUUAUUCAAUUCAUUAGAAAAUGAUAAUAUCGGAUGAGCACGACAACAGUAGACUAUUUAAUUUGACGUGAAUGAAAAGCUGUGAGUGAUGGAAGUACAUUUAAACAAUCCCUCAUUAUAAUUAUCAAUGGUAAAAAUGUUGUAUAUUAGUUGUCUUUAACUGUUGAUGACGUUUAUAUAACAUCAACUUUUACAAUUUGUUUUCACCCAUCAGAAGUUAAAAGUUUUCUGGAUAUUUUUGUCCAUUGUAAAUUUGCAAUUACAUAUUUCAUUGGGUGAACAACUAAUAAGCAUAACCAUCUCUCACAGCCUUGUUUUCAUUGGCGUCAGAUUUAAUAUGUCAUCAAUUUCUACUCAAGUCUUUCUUGAACGGUUUCAGAUAUCAUUUGUUUUUUUACUUGAAGUACCAUCAUUAUUAGCUGAGGAUUUGGUUUAGACUUGUUUUCACGGUCUCUGUCUGUAAUGUGGUCGAUUCUUCUAAUACGUGAGUGUUGUCAGCAUUUACACAGGCAGAUAAACUUCUUUUUGUUUGAUUUUUCCAUUUCACGUUGUUGUCUGAUUCACAGCCUUCUGAAUUCUCAUAAUUUCCUCUCAUGCACUUUCACCUACUCUUUUGCUCCUGUGAACACAUGCCGUGUAGACUUACUCAGGUUUGGUUUAAAUCCAACUAGAAAAAGCGCAGUAAAUCAUGAAAAACCAUGCAUUUGCAUCUGAAUUGAUCUUUUAUGGCACUGUCUCAUGUUACUGUAAACAUUAAAUCAUUGUACCGUACUCUCA